UUGGCUCAUCAACAAUGGCGAGACACAACAUCAGCCUGGCGAUUGCCAUCGUGCUGUCACUGAUUGUCUUCAUCAUCACGAUGGUGUUCAGCGCUCUGGCAGCGGCAGGAAAACAGCCGUUUUUGCGGAGCACCGGGAAUGUUUCAGAUGAGUUCUUGACUGAGAUCACACCAUCAGGAUGGACUUUCAUCAUCUGGUCCAUCAUUUACACCUUCCUGGCCCUCCUGUUGGUGUACAUCCUCUCAGGCCUCUUCAGGAAAAACAUGUACGGUUACGUCUACUGCAGCCCGGCCGUUCUGCCACAUGGAUUUUUUGUGCUUUGGUGCCUUAAUCUGAUCCUCAAUAUUGGAUGGCUUUUCCUGUGGGACAGAAAGUUUGUAUCUGCUUCACUGAUUUUCCUCAUCCUGGUUGCCUUGACUAACUACGGGGUGAUCUUCUUCUCCUGCUAUGGUCUCUACAACUAUGGAGCCUGGCUCAACAAGUACCACAAAGUAGAUCUGUGGCUUCACCGCGUGUUGAUUCAGAACGGCGUUGCCAUAUAUGCAACAUGGACCACCAUUGCGACCCUAAUUAACCUGGCUGUCACUGUGAGUUAUGAUGGAAACAUGUCACCCCCGGACGCCGCCACCCUCUCGCUGUCUGUCCUGACUGUACUGUUGAUCGUGUGGUUCGUCGUGGAAAACUUCCUCAUCGACAAAUACGUGAGGUUCAUUCUCUCCAUUUACCCUGUUGUGAUUUGGGCUCUGACCGGGGUGUACACAAAGAACUACAGGGCUGCAGCUCCUACUCGCAACAACAUCUUCAUUGCUGCACUGCUGGCUGUAGCAUGUGUCUUGUUUGCUGCUCGGAUUCUCUUGGUCGUCUGGAGGCAAAUCAAAAGUCCGUUUUACAGAGGCGUAAACCCGGAUGCAACGUCUCCAUUGGAGAUCGCUGAGAGGCAGAAAACGGUAUUUAAAUAAGCAUGGUGAUCAUUAGAAUAUGUUUCUAAUAAAACUUUGACUAACAAGGUCAUGUGCUUUUUGUAUGAUAUGCACCUCUAAACGCUUUGUAUAUUUAAGAUGCUAUUGAAGAUAAUGGACUUAGAAAGUUGCCACAUGUAGGUGUAAUCUUGUGCUUCACAGACAGA